AUGAGUCAUUCGCAGGCUUUGUGGGGGAUUUCCCCAGCUGUAACACUCGUGCACCCAACCCAUAUUUCUCUCUGCCCAUGCCACAAUCUAUCUAUCUAUCUAUCUCAGUCUGUUCAUGUCUGUCUAUCUAUCUCAGUCUGUUCAUGUCUGUCUAUCUAUCUCGAUCUGUUCGUGUCUGUCUAUCUAUCUCGAUCUGUUCGUGUCUGUCUAUCUAUCUCGAUCUGUUCGUGUCUGUCUAUCUAUCUCAGUCUGUUCAUGUCAGUCUAUCUAUCUCAGUCUGUUUGUGUCUAUCUAUCUAUCUAUCUUGGUCUGUUCGUGUCUGUGUGUCUAUCUAUCUUGGUCUGUUCGUGUCUGUGUGUCUAUCUAUCUCGGUCUGUUCGUGUCUGUGUGUCUAUCUCUCUCUCUCUCUCUCUGCUCACAUUUGCCUCUCUCUCUCUGCUCACAUUUGCCUCUCUCUCUCUGCUCACAUUUGCCUCUCUCUCUCUGCUCACAUUUGUCGUUCUCUCUCUCUGCUCACAUUUGUCAUUCUCUCUCUCUGCUCACAUUUGUCGUUCUCUCUCUCUGCUCACAUUUGUCUCUCUCUCUGCUCACAUUUGUCUCUCUCUCUGUCUGCUCACAUUUGUCUCUCUCUCUCUCUCUCUGCUCACGUUUGUCUCUCUCUCUCUCUGCUCACGUUUGUCUCUCUCUCUCUCUGCUCACGUUUGUCUCUCUCUCUCUCUCUCACGUUUGUCUCUCUCUCUCUCUGCUCACGUUUGUCUCUCUCUCUGCUCACGUUUGUCUCUCUCUCUCUGCUCACAUUUGUCUCUCUCUCUCUCUGCUCACGUUUGUCUCUCUCUCUCUCUGCUCACAUUUGUCUCUCUCUCUCUCUCUCUCUCCCUGCUCACACUUGUCUCUCUCUCUCUCCCUGCUCACACUUGUCUCUCUCUCUCUCCCUGCUCACACUUGUCUCUCUCUCUCCCUGUCUGUUCACAUCUCUCUCUCAAGUUCACAUCUCAGAUGACAGAUUCAAUGCUAAUAGUUUGA